AAAAUCAGUCAUUCGUAAUGUUUUGAUUAUAUUUAUAGUAAAAACUUGUAUUAAUGAAAAUAUUCAAUGUAAAAUUAAGUGAGGAGAAGGUGUACUAAAAACCAGUUUCCUUUUCCACGGUAUGGGAUUCCGAUUUCUGAAUGGAUACUUUUAAUUGGUAUCAGGAGAGAUCUUCUACAUUACAACAAAUUAAACCUCUAGGUUCAUGUGACCUUUCAAACUUACAAUUGAGGUUCUUAUGCCCACAAGAUAUAAAUGAGGUGAAUGCUUUGUGUGUGGAUUGUUUUCCUGUUGAAUAUCCAAGAUCAUGGUAUGAAGACAUUACAUCAAAUCCAAAAUUUUAUUCUUUAGCAGCUGUACAUAAAUCAGUUAUUGUUGGGAUCAUAGUAGCUGAAAUAAAACUGUAUAUAAAAUUGUCUCCAAAGGAAAGAGAAGUUGUUUCUCCAUCUGCUGGGAAAUUUACUCAAGUAGGAUAUAUUUUGAGUUUAGGAGUCAUUAAAGCAUAUAGGCGAAAUGGCAUUGCAUCAUUACUGUUAAAUAAUCUUGUAUCACAUUUAACAUCAGCAGAAUCUCAAAACUGUAAGGCAAUUUUUUUGCAUGUACUUUCUAGCAAUUCAUCAGCAAUAUCUUUCUAUGAAAGAAAACAUUUCAGAUUACAUUCAUUUCAUCCAUACUAUUACAUGAUUAAUGGAAUUAACAAAGAUGGUUUUGCGUAUGUACUCUAUAUAAAUGGCGGACAUCAACAAUGGAUGAUCUUUGAUAUUUUAAAGUAUAUUUACACUACAGUUUGCGAAUUUGGUGUUGUUAGAUGGACAAUAAACAAAGCUCGAAAAGCAACUAGACGUUUUUGGCCAAGAAUUAGACGGAUCGCUUCUCAGAAUACCAGUACUAUUAUGAUUGACUGUAGCUGAGAUAUUUUAAUUUUAAUUGAAUAUAUCAAAUUUUUCUGCCAUUAAAUUUAUAUUUAGUAUAUAUUUAUAUAUUU